CUUAUCUCUUACCUUAAGCCUGACUUAGUCUCCCUCUUCUUCGUCUUCUUCUUCUUCCAUUGGCCUUCACCAUCUUCGAUCUUUUGAAACUCUUUUUUUUUUUUCAUAAUUUCGUGAGAAAUUAUGUUUUCCAUUGAGCUAGAUCAUUCCUUUUGUACAUAAUAUGUUUUGUGAUUCAUCAACAGAGGCUUCUCCAAAAGAUGAAAUAAGCAUAGAAUCAAAGGAGAGGCUGUUUCUCUAUUCUGCUAAUUUUCUGUUUAUCAUUCUUUUUCCAACGAGUUUCUAAGAUUAUAUUACAGCACUUUCAAGUAGAAGAGAGGAGAUUGUUGUUGGGCUUCUUCAAUCUUGGCAAUAGAAAGGACAAAUAGUUUCCGGGUAAUCGAGUUUUGCGAAAGGAUAAUCCAAGAAAAUUCUGCAUAUUAUUCUGUGGUUUUGUGAUCUUCACCAUGUCAGUGAAAAUGAAGGGCAUCUAUAAAGGCUUCAAAUGUAUCUCUCAAAUAUUUGCCGUUGAGAAAGAGAGAGAUGAAAUAGAAAUUGGGUUUCCAACAGAUGUAAAACAUGUGGCUCAUAUUGGCUGGGAGGGUUCCUCUGGGAGUGCUCCUGGUUGGAUGAGUGAGUUUAAGGUCGGAGCUGAGGUUCUAUCACCGAGACCAUCAUCUUUCAGUAAUGCAAGACCUUCUACUUCUUUUUUCACUUCUUCUUCCACUGAUUUUGAUCAAGGAUCGAGUCAACGAACAAUAUCAGAUACACUAAGAGAUAUACCUCCAGUAACUCCGAUAAAUCUACCAAAAAAUAACAAGAAGAAAAGUAGUAGAAGAAAGAAGUCUUCUUCAUCAUCAUCAUCUCCAAAAUCGUCAAGAUCAUCUAUAUUAUCCAAAUCUUCGUAUAAAUCAACCGUAUCACGACUAAUCUAGAACAUAUAAUGAUAGAUGGAAGAAAAAAUCAAAAACUUUCUCAUCUUUGUGCAUACUUAAAGGGGAUUUUGUUUGCAUCUUCUGUUGAUUUUUUAUUUUGAGAUUUUUUCUUACAUAUGUAGACAUGUUGUAAUGUUUGGAGUUUGGUUUCUUUAAUGUAAACUUAGAGAGAAUUAGGUAAAGAAAAAGCAACAAGAAAUAUAUGAAAUGAUGGUGAAUUUGAGUGGUUAAUUGCUAAGUUUUUUGUU